GGCUAAUUUGAAAAUUCUAAUGAUAUUGGUGUUUUUUCCAAACUUACAAAUACAUACUGUUUAGUUGCAUUAGGUGGAAGUGAAAAUUUCUAUUCUGUGUAUGAAUCUGAAUUAGGAUUGAGCAUGCCUGUAAUUCAUUGUUCAAUUGGAGGUACAAGAAUUAUUGGAAGUCUUACUGCAGGUAUUUGAAUAACAAAUUAUUUAGGAAACAAAAAUGAACUUCUAGUUCCAAAUACUUGCACUGAUUAAGAAUUAAAAUAGAUAAGGAAUUCAUUACCAGAUGAAGUUAAGGUAUUAUACUCAAUCAAAAUAUAGGUUAAAAGAGUAGAAGAAAAACUAUCAGCAUUAGGAAAUUGUGUUGCUUGCAAUGAUUAUAUUGCAUUAAUUCACUCUGAUUUAGAUAAAGAAACUGAGGAAAUUAUUGCUGACACAUUUGGAAGUAUUCAGAACUACAGUGGCAUAAUAAGUCUUAGUUGGAACCUAUUGUUGUUUUAACAACCAAGGAGGACUUGUUCAUCCAUUAACUACAUUUGAAG